AUGGAAAAUAGAAAAGAUCAGAAAAUUAACUGUGAUAUGAAAACUGAUCUGAAUUUACUCCUUGAAUGUCUUAAGUAUCAAAUGGACCAUCCAGCUUCUCAAAAAGAAGUCUUGGUUACUAUUUAUUCAGUUUGUCAACAAAACAGUGCUGCCUGUGAUUAUUUUAGAGAAAUAGGUGGUUUGAUGUUUGUAUGGAAUCUUGCAAAGUCACAAUUGCACAGUUUGGUUCAAGAAGCUGCUUUAUUUACAUUAGGAGGUUUAGCUGAGAAUAAUGUGUUCUGCCAGCAGAUGUUAUGCACAGCUGAAUUAUUUGAGGAUCUUCGUACGUUUCUAACUAAUAAGAAUUCUAGUAUGAAUUUGAAAAGAAUGUCUGUAUAUGUCUUAUUGGUGCUGGUUUCAAAUAAUAACAGUGGACAAACAUAUGUGAGAGAAUCUGGAUGCCUCGAUAUUCUGCUACAUUUAUUCAGAGUAAUUCCUUCAGAAUCUCAGAUGAACCUUUUUGAUCAUAAAAUUGAUCAGUAUCACUUGUGGUCCUCAGUGUGUAGUAAUCUUUGCGCAUGUGUCAACAAUCCUCAGAAUGAGGAAAAUCAGAAAGCCUGCAGUUUGGUUUUUCCAUAUGCAAAAGAUUGGCUACAAAAUUGUAUGAAAGCUGAGAUAGUUCGUCCAAUAUGUUCAUUCAUUGGGCUCAGUGCUGCAAAUAAUUCAAGAACACAGAAUUUUUUUAUUUCUAUUGGGGGAUUAGCUGUUUUGGAUGAGCUUCUUCUCAAACUGAUACAUGGUUCCUUGGUGAACAAUACAAAUAUCAAACUUGCUGUUGUAGUGACAAAAACAUUGGAUGCCUGUAUUGCUGAUAACGCUUCAGUUGGCAUUUAUUUACCAAAGUAUAACAUUGUGCCUAAUUUACUGAAACUGCUUUCUUACAACAUUUUGGACUCAGGAGAGCGAUUUAGUAUUAUACUUACUCUUGGACAUUGUACAGAAGUCUGUGAGGAAAAUCAAUAUACUCUGGUUAAGAACAAUGGGCUUCCACUUAUGAUUCAAGCAUUGACUGAAAUGCAGGAUGAUGAACUAAAUAAAGCUGCUACCUUUGUAUUGCAAAACUGCAAACAGAUGACUGAAAAAUUAUCAGUGAAGAUAAAUCGACAUUCAUUCCAAAUGGAUGAAAGAAGAAUAUUGGAAGCCGAUUGGCAGAAAAAAGAAAGGAUUCUUGAAGAUUAUUGGAAGGAAGCAAAACAAAUUUUAUACAAAAUCAAAGGGCUUGAAAAUGAGAAAGAGGAAAAUAUCAGAAAAGAAAUAUUAAUCGAUGAGGAUAGCCCUCAAGAACAGUUUCUGCAGGCUUUGACCCAACAUCGUCAAACGAAUUCCAGCAAGCAGCCUUCAGAUAACAGCAAAAUAUGUUCAGAAAUGAAACACCCACCACACAGUACUAUUGCUAAGCUGCAGAAUACUUCUAAAUACUUCGAAAAGAGUUCUUCCAGUUGUAGAAUAGGAAGACUUUCCUUAAACAGCCGAAACUUUAGCAAGACUCUGCAGUCUUGUCAAUAUCUAUGUGAACAACACAAAAUUAUUCUAGAAUCUGAGAUGGAAUAUAAAAGGAAGUUGAGAAGCUCCAUUAUGGCUAACAAGAAGUUUUAAUUAAUAUUGCAGAAUACUGAAACUCUAUCGAAUAGGUCUGCAACAACUUUAAAGCAAAGGAGAAUCAGGAAAGAUUUUACAUCAGAAGAAAUAAGUUAUCUUUUGGAAGGUGUAAGGAAAAUGGGGCAUCAUUGGAAUUCAAUUUUAUGGGCCUACCCAUUUCAGAAAGGACGGACAAAUGUUGAUCUUGCUAAGAAAUACAGCAAAUUACAGAAGAAUGAAAAGAGCAGAAAUACACAACUUCAGUGAAACUGACCUGUAACAUUGUUUAAAAUGUUAUGACUUCAGCUCCUUUGCAGAAUACAGUUACUUGCUUUGUUAUCUGGGGCUUGUACACAGGAGAUCGUCUUUCCAGCGAGACUUAAAUUUUGAAGAUACGUUAUUUGCCCAGUGCAACGAUGUUGCCUAUUGAUACUGUAAAAAUUCAGAAUGAUCAUACUGUC